AUGCCGUAUCCCGAGACCACCGACGCCUUCACUGUCACCGACAUCAAGACAUGGAGCAAUUUCAAACGUCAAGAAGUACCUCUCAAGAAGUUUGAGGACCAUGACAUAGAUAUUGCCGUUGAAGCUUGCGGUGUCUGCGCAUCCGACAUCCAUACCAUCACUGGCGGCUGGAGCACCGAUAUUCCCCUUCCUCUCUGCGUCGGCCACGAGAUCAUUGGCAAGGCCAUCAGAGUCGGGCCCAAAGUGAAGAACAUCAAGGUUGGAGACCGUGUCGGUGUGGGUGCCCAAAUCUGGGCCGACCUGACCUGCCCGCAAUGCAAGUCCGACAACGAGAACUACUGCCCCAACCAAAUCGACACCUACGGUGGCAAGUAUCCCGAUGGCACAGUUACCCACGGUGGCUACUCUAGCCAUGUCCGAGCACACGAAUACUUUACAUUCAAGAUCCCGGACAACCUCGAGACGACAAUCGCUGCUCCUAUGCUCUGCGCUGGCUUGACGACGUACAGCCCCCUCAAGAGGUUAGGCGCUGGUCCUGGCAAGAAGGUCGCCAUCGUUGGAUUGGGCGGUCUCGGUCACUUCGGCGUCCUCUGGUCAGUCGCUCUCGGAGCCGAGACGUACGUUAUCUCCCACUCGGAAAGGAAGAGGGAGGAUGCUCUGAAAUUGGGAGCCAAGGACUUCAUCGUGACCAACAAGGAGGGCUGGGCCAAUGACUGGAAGUUCACUUUCGACUUCAUCAUCAACACCGCCGACGCUACACAUCACUUCAACCUCAAGGAUUACUUCUCCACCCUCAAGGUCAACGGAACCUUCCACAUGGUCGGCUUCCCCGAUGAGCCACUGAAGGAGCUACCUGUGACGGCCUUUGCUCCCAACGGUUGCUUCAUGGGCGCGUCACAUAUCGGUAGCCGUCCCGAGAUGGAGGAGAUGUUCGAACUCGCUUCCAAGCAGAACAUCAAGAGCUGGGUGCAGACGAUUGACAUCAGCGAGGAGGGCUGCAAGGAGGCUGUCGAGCGCUUGUACAAGAAUGAGAAUGUCAGGUAUAGGCUUUGCUUGACGGGUUAUGACAAGGUGUUUGGCAAGAGGGAUUAG